CGAAUAUUUGCGCGGCACAUUUUAAUUUGUAGUCAGGGAUUGUUGUAACGGCAAAAACAUGUAAAUGUUUCUUGGAUAUAUGGGAUCGAUCUACUGUAUGAAAAUACCACUGGCAUAUUGAUAGAGGGUCAAAUACUAUAUGGUGUUUGAUACCAUCGCUAAUCUGUUGGGAUUUUAUCGGUUUUGAGCGUGGAAGUACAAGGUAUCGUUAAAGGUGAUUUGAAUGCAUCUUUGAUGGAUGGCAAGCACAGGGCCGUGGGAUGAGUCAGAAAGCUCAGGCAGUCGGCCAGGAACAAGGUUACCACCUCGGCGAAGCACCCUGCGAGUUAGCCACUUGCGAGACACACCAUCUCAGCGAAGAGCCAGAAACUCUGCGCCAAUGAUGGCUAACAGUGUUGUUGAUAAGGUGGAUGAUUUGGCAGCGUCGUUGCAAGCCACCAGUGAGGUGCUGUCUACGGCAGACCGUAUGCUGGAACAUUACAGAGACCUUAAUAUUGAGCAGGAUGAUGAAAUAAAUAAGCUGAGAGCAGAGCUUGAAAAAUCAGCUGACAUGCUAAGAAGAGAAAGAAUUGCAAGAAGAAGAAAGUUGCCUACCACACCAUCAGAAUCAAUGUCAGAAGAUGAGGCAAGACCAAGGAGAGGCCAAAACACAGUCCGAUUCAGUGAUGACAUUAGGUCAGAUGUGGAUGAGUUGAAGCAAGUUUUGAGGGAAAUAAAGAGUGAACAGAAUCGACUGACAGGAGGACUGGAUUUAGAUAGCAGAAGAUCUCUACCUAGACAACCUCCCUAUGCAAGAGAACCCGAACCUAGACAACCUUCCUAUUCAAGAGAUCCUGAUGAGGCACUGAGGGAGAGAGAGAGACUCCUGAAAGAGUUGAGGGAAACAGAGGAGGCCAGCCGAAGACAAGCUGAAGUGCUGGUCAAGGGUCUAGAUGCUGAGCGUGAUGUUCUCCGUGAGAGUCAGCGGAUGGCACAUCAGAGAGAAGACGAGUUGGGGACACUGCGAGAGCAGUUACAAGCAGCUCAAAAAUCCCAACAAGGUGAAAUUGAGCAGAGAUUGAAAGAAAUCCAGCAAGAGAUGAGAAGUGAGCGUGAAAUGUGGGAGCGCAAGCAGCAAGAAGUUGGGGACUUGACUCAUGAGCUGCGAAGUGUUAGGUCACUGCUUGGUGAUGCUACAGAAAACAAGCUCAAGGAAGACCUCAGAUCUCUUUCAAAUGAGCUUGAGAUGGAGCGACAGGUGUUACAGGAGAGCCAACACGAGAAGCGCGUGUUAUCUGCACGCGUGGACGACCUCGCGAGUCGACUCGAGCAGUCAGAACGAGAGCGAAAACAGAUUGUCAAUGAGCUUGAUGUUGCUGUUAAAAAGCUAGACCAGGCGGACGGCGGCAAGACCGCCUUAUCUCAACAGGCGGAAGAAAUGAGGCAGCGGUUGAGUCGCGCAGACCAAGACAAGACUGAGCUAAAGCGUCAGCUCGAUGAGUACCAGGCCAAACUGCGUGAUAACGAGGCUUCUCGGUCCAGGCUCCAGCAGCGGCUAGAAGCGUUACAGCGCGAAAUGAGCGAGGGACAGGGUGACCGUCAGAGACUGCUGGAGCAACUAGAUGUGCUAAGGAGCCAGGUCACCAAAGCCGAGAGGGAGAAAGACGAAAUCAUGCAGCAAGUUUCCAUGGUAACUCGCGGCACGUCCAGACGACAGUCUUUCGGCCCAGUCCAAAGCGGGGCGAACGGAACGCGUAGAGGUACAGUGACUGGAGCACCCGAUGUAAGAGACCUACGCUUGAAUCUAGAUCGCAUAGAAAGUGACCUUACCCGGAGAAGCGGCAGUCGAAUGGAUUAUGACGACAGCCGGGGAUUCGGCCGAGGAGAUAUCGAUCGGUUAGAACUUAGCCAGAAUCUCGCUUCACUCCGAGAUGAUAUCGAUCGUAAGGAAGAGCAUCAAGAACGGCUAAUAGAACAAAUGCGAGACCUGUUAGAUAAGUAUGACCACAGCGAAGGGCAAAAGAAGCAACUGGCCGAUGAGUUACAGAACGUAACAAAAAAACUGAAGGAGACAAGCUCCGAGUACGAAAGGCUUAGCGAGGAGCUAGGGGAACGAGAAAACCUACUUAAAGAGAGCGAAAAGAAAAGGAAUGAGCUGAAAAACAAGGCUCUGAGUUCGCUGAAAGAAUAUCGUGUUAAGUGUAAGAAACUUGAGCGCGAAGCUGAGCAGGGGAAAGAAGCUAUGGAACGCAACGAAAGGCUUGAGAAAGAGCUCCGGGAACUGCGUUCUCUUAUGAACAGCGGUGCAGCUCCAGGUACCUCGUUCAGUUCCUCUAGGCGCGAGAUGGAUGAUCUUAUGGAUCAAAGACAGAGACUCCAUGAGGAAGUUGCCACUAAAAAUGCUGAGAUCCGCGAACUUCAGGCUGUGCGGUACAACGGAGAAAGGGAUAUGACUGAGCUACGAAAACACAUUGAAAAGUUGGAAGCAGAGCUGAGGGUGUAUCAGACGCAAGUGUCUUCCACGAACUUGGAAAAGAUGAAGCUUGAGGAGGCACUUCAAGCGGCGAGGCAACAAACGCAGGAAGCGGAGAAAUUUGAGACGUCACAGAAGCGGCAAGAGGAACAUCUGGGGGGAGUGGUUUCUGAUCAAAAGAAAGAAAUAAAAGAACUUAGAACAAAGAUGGCAAGAAUGAUCGCCAAACUUCAGCAAGAGGUUGAACAGAGACAGGAAAUCGAGGAGCGCUUUAUGGAGUUGAGGGACCAGGACCGCCGAAGUCGAGAGGAAGGAGCUGCUCUCUACUCACAGCUACAACAGGAGCGUGAUCAGCACACCGACGCACUCAGAGACCUGGAAUCGCAAAUCAAGUCUUUAACGGAUGACAACGAGAAGACUUUACAGGAUGUGAAUAAUAAAACAGAGAAAGAGAGAUCAGGACUCGAAAACCAGCUUGCAGAUUUGAAGCUUCAACUUGCAGAUGAAAAGUCGACCAUCAAGGCAUUGCGCAAACAGCAGGAGAACGAGCGUGAUACUAUCGAACGGCUCACAUCUGAUGUGAACAAUUUGACCGAAGACAACGCGCGCCUGCGUAAGCGAUGUGAAAACCUGAAGGAGGAGCAUGACGCUACGAAAGAAAAGAUGGAGAUGACUCAGAUGAGGGUGAGCCAGCUAGAGGAAUCUCUACGUAGAAGCCAGUACGCUCUGGAAAAAGCGGCCGAAGAAAAUCAGGUCGGGUGGCAGAAGAUUGACGAUAAUCUCGACAAAAUUGUGGAUUAUAUUUGCAAGGAGUCAGACAUUCCACUGCCUUCUUUGCUCGGAAGUGGAAGCGUUCGCCACGACUCGCAACAAGGAAUUGCCGAAAUGAUUGGUAAGCUACGAUGGGUCAACGAAGAGCUCAAAGUACAUCUGACAUCGGAAAAGCGCGCCAGGGAUCAACUCGAAGUUUCCAACAAGAGAAUUCGAGAGCUGAUUCGUAAAGGGGACGAGGAAAAACGGUACUUCUUAUCAGAGCUAGACGAGCAAGCGACACUUUUGGAUGAUCUUGCUGCUCAAAAGAAAGGAUUGGAGUCAAAGCAUCGACAGAAUACAGAUAACAUCAAGACUUUACAGGACCGUAUCCGCCAAUUAACGAAACACUUAGAGGCUAGCACUAAAGCAUUACACGCCGGUGCAGAAGCACUGGAUGACAAGCAGCGUGUUAUUGAUGAGAUUGAUGAGCUCAAGGAUGAAAAGCAAGAAAGGGACAAGAUCCACGACCGAUAUGUCAAAUAUAAAGAGAAGGUUGGCAGUCUGAGAAGGGAACUCCACGGAGCCAAAACGAUCGCCGAUGACUUCAAGCAAGAGAGUUUUGAAGCUGCAAACCUGUCUUCAAGAUUACUAGAGAGUCUGGAUCGUAUUUCAAGUCCAAAAGCCAAACAACGCCGACUGCAGUUUCCAGACACUCCACCUACAAAUAUCAGACCAGCCACUAAAUCCAGUCAGAAUACGACUGACUGGUCUCCGACAUCAGACGGCAUGACAUCCAUAAUGUCCGAUUAUUCGCCAAAGUCUGAGCGUAAAAGAGCAACACGGCCCUCAUCGUCUAGAACGCCAGGUCACAUGACCUACACCGAUCUCGACUUCAAGGAGAGGUAACCGUACAAAUUCUUGGCAAUGGACAGGGACAAAUUCGCCGUGGCCGAAAAUGACAAGGUUUAGCUACACCUGGUGAGCACUUGACAAUCGCGUGAUGAACACAUGGCGAACACGUGAUGAAAACAUGGCGAACCCGUGAUGGUCAUGAUUCGUUCUGGAAGUCCAUCUCAAAGAACUUGCUCAGCCAUAAGGCGAAAGAUAAUUUAAUGUCUGGGAACUCAUUAACACCAUUUUGUACGAUAUUGCUAAACAAGAGUAAACUAUCACCAAUAGGUUUUUUAUGAUAUUGUUAUUAUUAUUAUUAUUGUCAAAAAUUGUAAUUUGCGUGAAUGGUUUAUAUUCAAAUGAAAUGAUUAGGUAACGUUUUCAAUUUUACAAAUUAUUUACGUAAUCCCUUCAUCCGUACAUGACUGACAUCACUCUUAACAUGUCGGCUACUUGUGUAGCUUGACCGUAUUCUAGCUCUUGACGUUCUGUUUGGUAUUCCUGUGGUUGGUUAUGAGGCAAGAGAGGCUGGGGAGAGAUUUCCUGUGACGCCUCGCCAACCACAGAAAACAAUCAGAUAGCAUGAGACACUAAUAAAAGAGUGAAUACCCAA